AGAAAACUUCUCCGAAACCUACGAGGCGACACGUAUGAUCCCUGAGGUUCUCUAGCUAGUGAUGUUUCGGUGCAUCUCAGAACUCGGAACUUUUUAAUAGUUGCGUUAUAAUUAUUUAUUAGCAAUGUUUGUCAGUUAUCUGCACGCGUUUUGUACACUGUGACGGUCGUGGAUGUAAUCUUCCAUCGGCUUAGGACCAAGCGGACGCUGUGGAAGGACUAAAACACCCCGCUUUUGAUACCAACAACACACGGACGGCAUGUCGUGGUUCACCGACAUUGCGGGCCGUGCGGAAGACUUCCUGACCAAGAUGGACCAGACUGCGGCCACCGCACUACAAAGCGCAAAGUUGCCCAACGCCAAGACAACCCUCAUGUCGUACGCCAAGAGCCCCAACGUUGGGCCCAACGCCGGCUCGACGUCGGGUAGCCUUCCCAAGACGACGAAAUCGACGGCCAUGUCGCUGACCUCUUCGAGCAGUCCGAAACCGCGAAGAUCCAGCCUGCAGAACAGCGAUGACAAGCUGUUGGAAUUCCUCAACAGCCCGGAGCCGACGCCCCUUGCUCCGAAACGGAGCUCAUCGCUGGUAAGGACGGUUCGCUCGCGCAGUCCAGCCAAGCAGACGCCGGACGAAGACGAAGACGUUGGAGCAGUAGAUCGGUCGACGGCGAAGGGCACAGAAGAACCAACGGUGGACACGACUUUGCCUAUCCCAACAGACCAAGAUGUUAGCGCUGCGGAUGUGGCGGAACAGGACCCAGUGGUUCGGAGAGCGUCAAUUCAGCAGGAAGAGCUGCUGAAGUCUGCUGCGUGUGACGUGGACGCUGCGUCCGAUGACAGCAAGCUGGAGGGACUGGAACAGGAAAACCGUCUGCUGCGCAAAGAGGUGUCCUGUCUCAACCAGGAGGUGGCCACUGCUCUCCAGAGGGCCAAGAACACUGACCUCGAGAAGAAGCAUCUUCAGAGCCGGAUGGACCACUGGAACAGCCAGGUGUCUUCAAGUGACUCGGCGAUCCGCGAGCUGCAGGCCAGGGAACGUGACCUGUCAUCUGCUCUGGACGCCAAGGAUGCCCAGCUGGCCGUGCUCAGGGUCCGUCUGCAAGAGGCCGACCAGGAACUGGGCACCAAGCGCCGGCUGGUGGAAGAGCUACGCACCGAGAACCAGAGGCUGUCUAAGGAGCAGGCGGACGUGUCCCAGGCGCAGGGGCAGACGGUAGACGCACUGCGGGACAAGUUGUCCCAGACAGAAGAGGCGCUCCGCAAGGAGCAGGAAUGCCACCGGGUCACUCAGAGCGAGUCGAUGCAGCGGCAGCAUCGGAUGGAGGGCGAAAUCGCCAGCCUCUCGGAAAGCCUGACCCUUGCACAGCGGCAACUCACAGAACAGAAAGCGCAUGCCAAGGAAGCCACCAGCCAGGCGUCGUCGCUUCGCUGCAGCUUAGACCUGGCUCGUCAGGAAUUGGCCGAUUACAAGAACAAGGCGCAGAGGAUCCUUCAGUCGAAAGAGAAGCUGAUUGCUAGCCUGAAGGACGCAGCCAGCGUGGGCGGUUCUCCGCUGGACCUGUCCGACUCGGAGGGCAACCGAUCCAACAUCUCUGCGGCGGAGCUGGAAGCGACCACCCAGGAGUGCGAGCAGCUCCGCGCAGAGCUGCAGCGGACCCAGGCGCAGGCGGAAGCGCUUUCGGCCGACUUCCACGAGCAGGAGAGCGCUCUCCGCAGAGAGGUGGAGUCCCUUCAGGAGCAGCAGAGGGCGCUGUUGGAAGAGGUGCGCCAAGAACGCCACCAGAGGCAGGACGCAGAGCUCGAAAGCCGACAGACCGCUCAGGCGAGCAGUCUGCUCGAAGAAGACCUGCGCCGGGCCAAGGAGGGGUUCCGACAACGACUGGCAGAACGGGACGCCGAGCUGGAGAAGCUACGCAAGCAGAUCAUGACGAAGUCGAUGAGCACCACGAGUGAAGCGGAACUCGAGGCCCGGCUUCACGCUCUGACGGAGAGCCUGAUUCAGAAGCAGACGCUGGUGGAAGCCCUGAGCACGGAGAAGAACUCCCUUACGCUGCAGCUCGAGAGGAUGGAGCGCCAGAUGAAGGAGUCUCAAAUGCACGGUCCAAAGCCCCACACAGCAAUCGCCGGAUUCGGUCAGUCGUCCGAAGACAACACAAGAGCCAGAUUACCCGGGAUGUUUACGGAGUCUCCCUUCGACGGUACCAUGACCCGAAAGGUCAAGAGGGCAUACGGGGUCAUUGACUCCUUCAGCGUACGUGCGGGCGUGUUUCUGAGACGCUACCCCCUGGCUCGCAUCUUUAUCCUGGUCUACAUGGGCCUGCUUCACUUUUGGGUGAUGAUCGUGCUGCUCACCUACGAACCCGAGAUCCACGGGCCGCACUCCCUCACCAAGCAGACCGGCGGACUGCCCAAGCAAGCGUAGCGCGCGAGCGGGGACGCGUCCGUCGAAAAGAGCAGACUUUCUCCCCUGUACAUUGUGUCCAUAACAGAGGCGCACGCUUUCAAGUGCCGCUCCAUUAGAAAUAAACGACGAGUGCAUAUCAUA